CAACUGAACCUCCUUCUCGUGUCCCCGUCCUUCUCGAUCCGACGACUCACUGCCAUUUCGGAAAGCGCUUCCUGCCUUCACUAUAUCCGCUUGCCCGCGAUAGCUGGGAGCUGGUUUUUUGGAGAAGACAAGCCACGGCUGGCGGAGGAGUGAAACUACAUUUCCCAGGGUGCGCGGGAAAGGGACGUGCAGCACCACGCUAAAGAGCCCGCUGGGGCUAGUAUCCGGCGGAGACAGGAAGCCCCUCAACUUUGGCCAGAAUGGAGCAGCCCAAGGGGGUUGAUUGGACUGUUAUCAUCCUGACAUGCCAGUACAAGGACAGCGUCGAGGUCUUCCAGAGAGAGCUGGAAAUGCGGCAGAAGCGAGAGCAGAUCCCUGCCGGGACGCUGUUAGUGGCCGUGGAGGACCCUGAGACUCGUGUGGGCAGUGGAGGAGCCACUCUCAAUGCCCUUCUGGUGGCUGCUGAACACCUGAGUGCCCAGGCGGGCUUCACUGUGAUCACAUCUGACGUCCUACACUCAGCCUGGAUCCUUAUCCUGCACAUGGGCCGAGACUUCCCCUUCGAUGACUGUGGCCGGGCCUUCACCUGCCUCCCCGUGGAGAAUCCCCAAGCCCCCGUGGAGGCCAUGGUCUGCAACCUGGACUGCUUGCUGGACAUCAUGAGCUACCGGCUGGGCCCAGGUUCCCCACCAGGUGUGUGGGUCUGUAGCACCGAUAUGCUGCUGACUGUUCCUCCCGACCCAGGGAUCAGCUGGGACGGCUUCCAGGGAGCCAGAGUGAUUGCCUUUCCAGGGAGCACGGCCUACGCCCGGCACCAUGGUGUCUACCUCACCGACUCCCAGGGCUUUGUUUUGGAUAUUUACUACCAGGGCACCGAGGCAGAGAUACAACAGUGUGCCAGGCCUGAUGGGCGGGUACCACUGGUCUCCGGGGUUGCCUUCUUCUCUGUGGAGACUGCUGAGCACCUCCUGGCCACCCAUGUGAACCCGCCUCUGGACGCCUGUACCUACAUGGGCUUGGAUUCUGGAGCCCGGCCUGUCCAGCUGUCUCUAUUUUUCGACAUCCUGCUGUGCAUGGCCAGGAACGUGAGCAGGGAGGACUACCUGUUGGGGCGGCCCCCGGAGGUGGGGCAAGGUGACGCGGACGUCGCGGGUUAUCUUCAGGGCGCCCGGGCCCAGCUGUGGAGGGAGCUUCAUGACCAGCCCCUCACCAUGGCAUAUGUCCCUGACGGCAGCUACAGCUACAUGACCAGUUCGGCCAGUGAAUUUCUGCACAGCCUCACGUUCCCUGGGGCUCCUGGGGCCCAGGUUGUGCAUUCCCGGGUGGAGGAGCCGCAGCUCCUGGGCGCUGGGAGCUCUGUGGUCAGCUGCCUGCUGCAGGGCCCUGUCCGGCUGGAUUCCGGGAGUGUGCUGCAGCACUGUCACCUUCAGGGGCCCAUUCACAUUGGUGCCGGCUGCUUCGUGAGUGGCCUGGACAUGGCCCAGUCCAAGGCACUGCACGGCUUGGAGCUGCAUGACGUCAUCCUUCAGGGACACCAUGUGCGGCUGCACGGCACCCCUAUCCAUGCCUUCACCCUUGUUGGCCGUCUGGACAGCUGGGAAAGACAGGGGACAGGAACAUAUCUCAACAUGUCCUGGAGUGAAUUCUUCCAGAAGACAGGUAUUCGAAACUGGGACCUGUGGGAUCCAGACACGCCUCCCACAGAGCGUUGCCUUCUCAGUGCCCGCCUCUUUCCUAUGCUUCACCCCUCGAGGGCCCUGGGGCCCCAGGACAUGCUGUGGAUGCUAGACCCCCAGGAGGAGGCGGGUGAGGCUCUGUGGGCCUGGCGGGCCUCUUGGCGUCUGUCCUGGGAGCAGCUGCAGCCGUGUCUGGACCGGGCUGCCACGUUGGCAUCCCGCCGGGACCUGUUCUUCCGCCAGGCCCUGCAUAAGGCUCGGCACGUGCUGGAGGCCCAGCAGGACCUCAGCCUGCGCCCACUGAUCUGGGCCGCUGUCCAUGAGGGCUGUCCCAGGACCCUGCUGGCCACGCUGGACCAGGUUGCAGCUGGCACAGGAGACCCUGGUGUGGCAGCCCGGGCACUGGCCUGUGUGGCAGACGUACUGGGCUGCUGGGCAGAGGGCCGAGGCGGUUUGCGGAGUGGGCCAGCUGCCAACCCUGAGUGGCUGCGGCCCUUCUCAUACCUGGAGUGUGGAGACUUGGCGCGAGGUGUGGAGGCGCUUGCCCAGGAGCGGGACAAGUGGCUAAGCAGGCCAGCCUUGCUAGUGCGAGCUGCCCGCCACUACGAGGGGGCUGGGCAGAUCCUGGUCCGCCAGGCUGUGAUGUCAGCCCAGCACUUUGUCUCCACGGAGCCAGUGGAGCUGCCAGCACCUGGGCAGUGGGUGGUGGCUGAGUGCCCGGCUCGCGUGGAUUUUUCUGGGGGCUGGAGUGACACGCCGCCCCUUGCCUAUGAGCUUGGUGGGGCAGUGGUGGGCUUGGCUGUGCGAGUGGAUGGCCGCCGGCCCAUUGGGGCCCGGGCACGCCGCGUCUGGGAGCCUGGCCUGUGGCUGGCGGCGGGGCCCCGGCAGGACGAGAUGGCCAUGAAGAUAGUGUGCCAGAGCGUGGACGAUCUGCAGGACUACUGCCAGCCGCAUGCUCCAGGGGCCCUACUGAAGGCCGCCUUCAUUUGUGCGGGGAUCGUGAGUGUCCACUCCAAGCUCCCACUGAGUGAGCAGCUGCUGCGCACCUUUGGCUGCGGCUUCGAGCUGCACACCUGGUCCGAGCUGCCCCAUGGCUCAGGCCUCGGUACCAGCAGCAUCCUGGCGGGCACUGCCCUGGCUGCCUUGCAGCGGGCUGCAGGCCGCAUGAUGGACACGGAGGCCUUGAUCCACGCGGUGCUGCACCUGGAGCAGGUGCUCACCACAGGAGGUGGCUGGCAGGACCAAGUGGGUGGUCUAAUGCCUGGCAUCAAGGUGGGGCGCUCCCGGGCUCAGCUGCCACUGAAGGUGGAGGUGGAAGAGAUUACUGUCCCUGAGGGCUUUGUCCAGACACUCAAUGACCACCUGCUUCUGGUGUACACUGGCAAGACGCGCCUGGCUCGCAAUCUGCUGCAGGAUGUACUGAGGAGCUGGUAUGCCCGGCUGCCUGCCGUCGUGCAGAAUGCCCGCAGCCUGGUGCAGCACACUGAGGCCUGUGCGGAGGCUUUCCGCCAAGGAAGCCUGCCUCUGCUGGGCCAGUGCCUGACCGUGUACUGGAAGCAGAAGAAGCUCAUGGCUCCUGGCUGUGAGCCCCUGGCUGUGCGGCGUAUGAUGGAUGUCCUGGCCCCCCAGGUGCACGGCCAGAGCCUGGCGGGGGCAGGCGGAGGGGGCUUUCUCUACCUGCUGACCAAGAAGCCGCGGCAGAAGGAGGCUGUGGAGGCCGUGCUGGCCAAGACUGAGGGCCUCGGGAACUACAGCGUCCACCUGGUAGAAGUGGACACUCAGGGCCUGAGCCUGCAUCUGCUGGGGAGUGGGACCUCAACCUGAUGCUCCUUCCCAUGACGCUCGUCCCUCUGCAAGAGGAGAAGACCUGGAGCUACAGCAGCCCCUCCGCUGGGAGCACUCAGCCUCCAACUCCCCACCCAACUCUUUGUGAAUCUGUUCCCAGAAGCAGCUGGCCUGAGCUUGAGCCCAACCCCUUUGGGAGCUUGGUGAAGCAGAGACCAUGCUUGGCAACGGGACUCUGACCUCUUGGUUGACUGUGGCUCAGGCUAGGCCUCUGCUCCAUCUGGACAUAGGAAGGUCCUAAGCUCAGUGACCCUUGUGGCCUUCACAAAUCCCAUGACCCCGUUUGGGCCGUAACCUUCUCGUGCUCCACGAGCGCCCCGGAAGAAGGGGAUGACAACCAGCCUUAGUAGGUGGCUGGGUCCCUGAAGAGGCCCUUUGAGGCAUUUCCCGUGUCCUUCCUUAGAGGCCAGGAUUUUGCCUGAGUAGAGACUUCAUGCUAGUACUCCCUCAGGCUGCCUUGCUGGGGGAGUGGGAGCAGGGUGGGGGGGGGUCCACCUCUCUGUCUAUGGCAGUGAGCCAGUGUGGUCCUGCAGUAAGUCAGUGCCCACCCGGGCCUUAACCGGUAACACUGAUUUGUGCCACAUGACCUGUGUGCCUGUGGGCAGUGGGUUCCCAGGACUGUGACCUUUUUGGAAUAAAAUCACCUUGCCCUUCAAGGUUGUCCUCAUAAAACUCUUUUGUUCCCGCUGGCAGCAAUUCUCACUUCCCCGGCACUGGGGCCAACUGCCCUGGGGAUGAUCCAGCCUCUGGUGCUGAGGGCCCGGGGGAGAUGAGGGCUCAGGAUCGAAUAAGGGGCUGUCUAUCAUGUGGAUCCCGGGA